AUGUCGAGGGCAACAUACAAGGUGCUGGUCGCGAAGCUGUCCGAAGUGCAACAAACUUUCAACGAAAUUUGGGACUACGUUGAAGAUUUACCGGAAGAUGCCACCGUUAGUCAAAUGACGGUACGACUGCAUAGGCUCGACGAUUUGUGGGAGAAAUUUUCCGAGUAUCUUAUCGAGAUCAAAACCCACGAGCUCCAUGACAGUGAAACAAACCCGUACACGAGGGAGAGGAAGGAAUUUAGCGAUCGCUUUUACGAAGCGAAGGCGACCCUGCUGGAUCGGAUUAAAAUCAAGCAGGAGCCAGUGAAUUUGAAUACAUCGGUUAGGGACCCGAACGCUUCCGGUGUUGGAAGUCUUGAUCAUGUGCGUCUACCACAGAUCAAACUCCAAACAUUUGGUGGGAACAUCGAGGAGUGGCUCAGUUUCCGAGAUCUCUACUCCUCUAUCAUUCAUUGCAAGGCUGAUCUUCCGGAGGUAGAAAAAUUCUACUACCUGAAGGGGUGCCUUCAGGGAGAACCGAAGACUUUGAUCGAUUCUCUGCAAAUUACUAGUGCCAAUUACAAGGUCGCUUGGGACCUCUUGCAAAAGCGAUAUGAUAACAGCAAACACUUGAAAAAGCUCCAAGUUCAAGCGCUAUUUAAGCUUCCUAAUUUGGUGAAGGAGUCUUCAUCGGAUCUGCACACACUCGUGGAGGGUUUCGAGAAAAUAGUGCAGACCCUGGACAACAUCGUCCAGCCGUGUGACUACAAGGAUCUCUUGUUGGUCAAUAUUCUCUCUGCGCGAUUGGAUCCUGUGACGCGCAGAGGGUGGGAGGAAAUAUCUUCUACAAAGCAACAGGAUACGGGAAAAUCGCAGACUCCAGGAACGCAGCUCAACCGCUAUCGACGAAGUACAAGGCAUCGUCAGUCAAGUCCAGCUUCAACACUGCUCAAACACUCGGAGGAAGCUGUGCCGUUUGCAGUGCAAGCCAUCUACUGUUUCAGUGCGGUGUGUUCCAAAGGAUGCCGCUAUCGGAAAGGGAAGCAGUCCUGA